UCAAGUGUACUGUACCAUUCAAAUUGAUCCUUUAAUUUAAAUCCCUCAAAAUUACAACUUUCUCCUUUUUCUUCCAAUCCAAUGGAGAACCACAUCAACAACAACAACAACAACACCGGUUCAGUCCUAUCUCAAAGACCCGAUUCGUUUGGCCGGUUCGGGCGGUUUGGUGGCAAGUAUGUCCCUGAAACUCUCAUCCAUGCUCUCACCGAACUUGAAACUGCAUUCCAUUCCCUUGUUUCCGAUCAAGACUUUCAGAAAGAGUUAGCUGAGGUUCUGAAGGACUAUGUGGGUAGGGAGAGCCCUCUUUACUUUGCUGAAAGGCUGACAGAGCACUACAAGCGUAGUAACGGUGAAGGGCCACAGGUGUAUCUAAAGAGGGAGGAUCUCAACCACACUGGUGCUCACAAGAUCAACAAUGCUGUUGCUCAGGCUUUGCUUGCCAAGAAGUUGGGGAAGAAGAGGGUUAUUGCUGAAACUGGUGCUGGUCAGCAUGGGGUAGCAACUGCGACCGUAUGUGCUCGGUUUGGGUUGGAAUGUGUUGUUUAUAUGGGUGCUCUAGAUAUGGAAAGACAGGCCCUUAAUGUGUUCAGAAUGCGCCUUCUUGGUGCUGAGGUGAGAGCUGUACAUUCAGGAACUGCUACGCUGAAAGAUGCUACAUCAGAAGCUAUAAGGGAUUGGGUGACAAAUGUGGAGACAACACAUUACAUUUUAGGUUCGGUUUGUGGGCCACAUCCAUAUCCUAUGAUGGUAAGAGAGUUUCAUGCCGUGAUAGGGAAAGAAACUAGAAAACAAGCAUUGGAAAAAUGGGGAGGAAAACCAGAUAUUCUGGUAGCAUGUGUUGGUGGUGGUUCAAAUGCCAUUGGUCUUUUCCAUGAAUUUAUUGAUGACCAAGAUGUUAGGCUGAUUGGAGUCGAGGCUUCCGGAUUAGGCCUUGAAAGUGGCAAGCAUGCUGCUACGUUAACAAAAGGAGAAGUUGGGGUUUUGCAUGGAGCAAUGAGCUAUCUUUUGCAGGAUGAUGAUGGACAAAUAAUUGAGCCUCACUCUAUCAGUGCAGGGUUGGACUAUCCAGGAGUUGGACCAGAGCAUAGUUUCUUGAAAGAUGCUGGGCGUGCUGAAUACUACAGUGUUACUGACGAAGAAGCACUGGAAGCUUUUAAGAGAGUAUCUCAGUUGGAAGGAAUAAUUCCAGCUUUGGAAACAUCGCAUGCGCUGGCUUAUUUAGAGAAACUAUGUCCAACCCUUCCAAAUGGAACUAAGGUUGUGGUUAACUGCAGUGGUAGAGGAGAUAAGGAUGUUCAAACUGCUAUCAAGUACUUGAAAAUUUGAAAACUGUAUACACGAUCGAGUCUCCACCCAGGAUAGUUGAGCAGUUCAGAGAGUGGCCUUCUUUCUUGUUGAGAUUGCUGUGAAGUGAAGUUCCCUGAGUUUGAGGAGGAUCACUUGUGAAAGAAUUUCAGUUUGUGGAAACCAGUGUAUGCUUAGGAAUUUUCUAAAUGUUGCCAUUACAAAGCAUCAAAGGAUACUGUCAUUGUUUAAUUUGAAGAAUAAAUUAGCAUGGAGUCAUGCAAGCCUAUGUAUGAUAGAUAAAUUAUAGAUAUAGUUUUAGCAGAAUGAGGUAUUGUCUACCUAUCUUUACGGAUUCUCUGCAGGGCACUAUUCACCGGAUGAUGUCCAAUGGACAUCCCAGCCCUUUAAUUUGUUUUGGCACAACUUAAAAAAAAAAUGAAAAAGUAUUGUGUGGUU